AGGGAUUUGCUUCGGCAGUUCUUCUUCUGUUAGUUUGCUUUGCAGGUUCACUCUUGUUUGGCUUCGUGGUGUCAGGAGAGAUCGAUGCAAAGCACCGAGACGGAGUUUUGGACUGGGUGCUGGUUUGUUAUGUGCGGCGAAGAUUCUUGUCAGCUUUGCAAUUCGGGCACGAUCGACUGUCUUCGUCGGCGAAGCGGUAAGGCAGAUGAAGGCUUCUCAGGGCUUGGCAACGAAGAUGAAAAUAGUUAGUGGCGGUUUUGCUAUGAGUGCGGGACGAGGAGAGGUGGACGGUUUUUGCGUAGGCCAGAUUUUGAUCGACAAUGGAGAAUCAAUUGGAGUGGUACCGAUGGUACGACCUCCUCCUGAACUACCUCCAUGGGUGGAAAGAAGUGCUAGGGUCCGUGAAAGAUUUCCUUUUAGUUAUUAUUUUUUUGUCAUUUGGAUUCUUGUUAACAUCUAUGUUGUUAGGUUUGCCAGUUUGUUUGGAAAUUUAGCCUAUUUCUAUGUCGUUGGGAGUAUAUGGAUCUAUGGGGCCAGCGAUAGAUGUGUCAAUCCCGCUACAUGGUUAGCGAUUCGUGUUGCUCUUUCAGGGAUGACCGUCUCUAAGUCUAAUCAUAGGGUUUACAGUCGUAGUUUUUGGAGUUUAGUUGGUGUCAGUUUUGAUUUUCGUUUGAUUGAUGUAAUGAUCCUGAAACUGAUGAUAUGAAUAGAUGCAAGUUUCCGUUC